ACUUCAGCUGCAAGAAUACCUGUGGCACAGACCCGGCUCAUCUCAGAAACAGAGCUACAGAGAUAAAGAGGGAGACAGCAGAAGCUAUGGCUUACUCUCUCUCGCUCGGUCUGCUCUACCUGGGCUUGCUGUGUGGAAACGGACUGGUGUCUGCAAGAUCCGAGCUGUUCACUCCAGAUCCAAGCAGAGGACCUCAUUUUACGGGCUGCCGCUCCAGAGAGCAGGAGACCUUCCGUUGCUGGUGGAGCGCUGGGAUCUUCCAGAACCUCACUGAGCCUGGAACUCUCAGGGUCUUCUACCAGACAAAAAAUGCCCUCUCUGAGUGGCAGGAGUGUCCAGACUACACACAUACUGUGAAAAACGAGUGCUACUUCAACAAGACCUUCACACACAUCUGGACCUCCUACUGCAUUCAGCUGCGCUCAGUUCGUGAGAACAUAACCUAUGACGAGACCUGCUUUACAGUGGAGAACAUAGUGCAUCCUGACCCACCAAUUGGGCUGAACUGGACUCUACUGAAUGUGAGUCACUCAGGGUUGCACUUUGACAUCCUUGUGCGCUGGGCUCCCCCUCCGUCAGCAGAUGUGCAGAUGGGCUGGAUGAGCCUGAUGUACCAGGUUCAGUACCGGGUCAGAAACGCCUCCCACUGGGAAAUGCUGGACCUGGAGAGUGGCACACAGCAGUCAAUCUACGGUUUACAUACUGACAAAGAGUAUGAAGUCCGGGUGCGCUGCAAGAUGUCAGCCUUUAACAACUUUGGCGAAUUCAGUGACAGCAUCCUUGUGCAUGUGGCACAGAUACCAAGCAAAGAAUCAACGUUCCCGACGACGUUGGUGUUGAUUUUUGGAGUGAUUGGAUUGGUGAUUCUUCUUGUCCUCCUCAUCUUCUCUCAGCAGCAGAGGUUGAUGGUAAUAUUUUUACCACCUAUUCCUGCACCUAAAAUUAAAGGCAUCGACCCAGAGCUGCUGAAGAAUGGAAAGCUUGACCAGCUCAAUUCUUUGCUGAGCAGUCAGGAUAUGUACAAGCCGGACUUCUACCAUGAGGAUCCAUGGGUGGAGUUCAUCCAGCUGGACCUUGAUGACCCUGCAGAGAAGAAUGAGAGUUCUGAUACACAACAUCUGCUGGGCUUGUCCCGCUCAGGCUCUUCUCACGUCCUUCAUUUCAAAAGUGACGACGAUUCGGGUCGUGCUAGCUGCUACGACCCAGAAAUCCCAAAUCCCGAGGACUUGGCUGCCCUUCUGCCUGGCCAUUCUGGACGGGGAGAUAACCACCCUCUGGUUUCCAGAAGCAGCUCGUCCAUCCCUGACCUUGGCGUCCAACAGACAUCAGAAGUUGAGGAGACGCCCAUUCAAACGCAACCCGCUGUGCCCAGCUGGGUUAACAUGGACUUUUAUGCCCAAGUAAGCGAUUUCACACCAGCAGGAGGAGUGGUGCUUUCACCUGGACAACUGAACAGCUCUCCGGAGAAAAAGAAGGAAGAAGAGAAUGAGAAGAAGAUACCGUUCCAGCUGGUUUCCGAUGGAGCCUACACCUCAGAGAACACAGCCAGGCAACUUUCCGCCGACGUGCCGCCCAGCCCUGGUCCUGAGCAGGGGUACCAAACAUUUCCAACCCAAGCUGUUGAGGGGAACCUCUGGAACGGGGAGUACCUGGUGUCCACCAGUGAUUCCCAGAUACCGUACCUUCUUCCCGAAGCUCCUCCAGUCCCCAUACUGCCCCCAGUGUCAGGCUAUACUGUAGUGCAGGAAGUAGACGCCGCACAGCCUCCUCCUGAAUCCUCCUUCCUCACAGCCCGCAAUAUGCCCUCACAGCCCAAACAAACACCUCCCAGCAAUGCCAACCAUGCCUAUGGGGUACCUCACCCCAGACCUUCUGGGAAACCUGACCCCAUGAAGGGACUAAAAAGCGCUUUUUGGACCUUCUCACUGCUGGAAACCAAAGUUGCAUGAAUGGCGCGACACGGGACGGAAAUUCUGCACAUGAAUUUUGAAAACGUUUCUUUUCUGUCAGCUGUUGCAGUAGUGCUACGCUAGCUCGCCGAGAGUUUAAAUGUAUUAUCAAUUAACAAUCAGAAACAUCAGCUGGUUACAUGCAAAAAAAAAUGACUACAGAAAUAUGCUCGCUUGCUGUGUCUGAGAACCAUUUUGAAAAUGUGUUUAUCUUAUUACAGAGAUACAGAUCUAGAGCUACAGUGGCAUUGGGAUGAAAUAGAUUCAAUAAGAUAAAUUCAAACAUAUCUUUAUACAAAAUUGUUUACACACAAGUGAAAGACGUAUAGCUUUACUGUGAUUUCCUUAACCUGGAUUUGCUUGCAUAUGGAAUAUAAAAAAUAUUCCAUUGCAUCAUAUUAAGGUUCCCAAAAUAUUUUAGUUUUGUGGACGAGUCGAUAUUUUUUGAUCUUGUUAAGGGAACCUGCUUUCUCAGAUUUAUGGGAGCCAUUUUGAGCGCUGCAUCCUUUCUGCACAUUUUAUCCUCUGCCAUAGCCAGAUGGAUAAUCUCAGCAAAUGAACUUUUUCAAUAUGCUAAAACACUACAAAAUGGGGUUGUGGUGCAGAUGUGUAUUUUAGCAUCACUAUAUAUGACUGUAAUAUUUGAGAUCAUUACUAGAAAAUGUUGAGACAAGUUUUUGUAAUAUUAGCCCACUGAACAAGGUGUUACCUUUGCUUGUUCAAAAAGUGAAAAAUGAACUUGUCUUUAUUUGUAUU